GUGGAAGGAUGAACCUAGCCAGCCAGCUCUCACCCCACCCCUCCCAGCGGCAGCCGCCUCUCCAGAGCACAGCAGCAGGGGACUCUCCAAGAUCACCCUGCACCUCCGCCCCAGUGAGCGUGUCCACACGCACCCAACAGGGCUGAGUGUGAAACGCCACCUGCAGACGACGUAAAUGCCUCAGUGUUCAGAAUGUCAGCCCAGGAACUUGCUGCCCGGCUCUGCCAGGAAGGGGACCAGCACCUUGGUCUGGACGAGCUGCCGCUCGCCACAGCUUUCUACAUGGCUGCAUUCAGCUGCAGUGCGCUCCUGGCAGUACAGAAGGUCAAGUCCCUAGGGAAGGGACCGUGGGGGAAAGUGGUAGCCACCCUGGAGACGUGGUGCACCGGCAAGAGCCCAAUUCCCAGGAUACACUGCAAUGACUUGGCCAUAGUGUCCCUGAACGUGGGAAUCGCUGCCGUCUUCCUAUCCACCCUCAGUCCCAGCAACGUGGCUUCCUCUGUGUUCAAGAUGGAGGCCAUGCUCAGGCAGGGCCGCACUGAAGAAGUGGUGAGCCGGUGCAGCGCCCUGCUCAGCACCCAUCCUGACCAUUCGGUGGAGCUACUGCUGACAAGGGCUUUGGCCUGGAUGCUGUCGGGGACCCACUCUGGGAACGGAGUUGUAGACUAUAUCCAAGCUUUCCUGAUGCACCGGGCUGAGACGGUGGCCUAUCUGCACAGCAGGCAGAGGGAACACCUAUCUCUGGUGAUCCAGACCUUCUCUGAUUACCUCUUAGCACACCAGGAGAAGGGCCCAGAGAGCAGGGCCUUGGACGGCCAGCUGGGUUACUGUUAUGAGUUCCUCGUUGCGUUGGCACCAAAUGACAUCCAGGUGUGCCGGGCACAGGCUGCAUACCUCUUUGAGAAACACAAAUACGAAGAGUGUGUGGCCAUCUACAGCAGGGCUAUGGAGGCCUUAUCUGCUGAUAGCAAGCCCAGAGAUGAGAGGGCUUUGGGUGUCCUCCUGGGCCGGGCAGCUGCUUACUUCUCCUUGGACGGGCGGACACGGGAGAUGUUGCAGGACUUGAUAGAAGCCUUCAAGAUAAGCCCUGGCCAAGCCAAGCGGCACUUUGAGGAGCUUUUCUCAGCUUGUGACACUGAGAAGAUUGAAGAACAGGCCAGAGCUGCCCUGGAGGGAGAGUUUGCGGCCUACCGGGAAGCGGUGCGUACUCGGCCUGAGCUCCGAUGCGAUGCCGGCACAGAACGGCUUUCCCCAGUCCUCCACACUCUCCAGUUCCUCGUGCAGGUUGCCACCGGGUCCAGGCGUGAGCUGAGUGUCCGGCUGGCAGAUUGCCAGCUCCUCAGCAGGCAUGUCAAGAGCGCCCUAAAGCUCUGCAACCAUCUCCUGGCAUCUGAGGAGAAUACCUAUUACAACAGCCUUCUGGUCCUGCGUGGGUUUUGUUACCUCCACGCCCACGCCUGUCAGCAAGCCCUACAGGACUUCCAGAUGGUCAUUGAGCAUGACUCCCCGCACCCCACCAGUUGUAUGAAAGCCCUGUGUGGGCGGGGACUUCUCCGGAUUUUGGGUGGCAGUCCGUAUCUCGCAGCCCUGGAUUAUAUCACUGCUUGCCGGCUGAGAUUAGACGAAACCAUCCUCACUGUCAAGUCCUAUGUGCCCUGGAACCAAAGAGGGCUGCUACUGAAAGUGCUCCAGGAAGAAGGGCAGAAGAUACUGCAGAAAAAGCAGCAUCCAAAAGACAGCUCAGCCGUCAGGCAGAAAAAAGGAGCAGGACUGAACGGCUUCCUGACGAAGGAAGGGGAUGCCUUCGGGGUUCACCAGCUGGCUUCUCUCUUGAUGGAGCUGGACCCUUCUGACGAAGUAUCUCAGAUCCUAUGUGCUGAUGCCCUGUACCAACUGGACCGGGUGGAAGAAGCUCACAGAAUCCUCUUGGUAGCCCUCUCUAAGAACCCCCAGAGCUCUCCCAUCCUGGCAAGGCUGGCGCUACUGCAGCUGAAGAAGGGUUUCUUGUAUGAUGGCACUCAGUUGCUAAAGAAAGUGAUCCAGAUCGGAGACACUUCCUGCCUCCAGCCGAUCAUGGAUAUUUUCAAAGAUGAGGACCGAAGGCUGAUGCACACUCACUGCCACUCCAGGGCUAUGACCAUUCUGAAGAAUAAGCAGGGAGAUACUUACAUCAAAGAAGCCAUCGCCUACCUUUCCUUUGCUAUCAUCGCCUCAGGCGGCGACGCUGAAGAGUCCCUGCUCACCAGGGCCCGAUGUUACGGAUACCUGGGCCAGAAGAAAACCGCUAUUUUUGAUUUUAACGCCGUUCUGAAGGAGGAGCCUAGAAACGUGCAGGCCCUGAGCGGAAGGGGGUUCAUUUACCUGGCUCUGAACCAGCAGAAGGAGGCAGUGCAGGAUUUGACUUCAGCCCUCAAAGAGGAUACAGCCGUGGUAAUCCCAGAGAUCCUGUCGUUAAAGCAGGAAGCCCAAUUGCUCAUCACUCAGUGGCUGCUUGACCACUGCAGGGCUGUGUUAACUGAACUUGUUGCCCAUAAGGACCAUCCCAAGGAAGAGACACUCAAGGACCUCAUUGUGAUUGGUGGGUCUUUAAUUAAAAUGAACAGCCAGGAAGCAAGAUGUCACAUCUUAUAUGGCGACAUUUUAAUGGCAGAUGGGAGGUCUGAAGAGGCCCUUCGUCAUCUCCAGAAGUCAUUCGGCCAGGCUUCCGCUGACAGAUCUGCCAGCGCGCGACUGGCUGUGCUGCAGCUGAGGAGGAGAAACAUGCUGCCGACAGCUCACACCUUGAGCAUUUUGGCUGAGAAAGACCCAGGGGAGCUGGGAUUCCUCAUGAACUUUUUAGACACCAAGCAACGACAGAACCUCUUUCAGGUAGCAGCCCAAGAAGGAAAUUCACUGAUGAAGGACCGCCACUAUGAGAAGGCUCUAAAUUAUUACUCACUGGCUGUCUUAGCAAGCAACAAUAACCCGCGAUACCUUCGGCUGCGUGCCGCAUGCCUGAUGCACCUGAAGGAACACAGCAGGGCAUUAAAGGACAUGGACAAGGUGAUCCAGAAAAGUAGGUCUCAUGACCCAAGAACUCAAACUGAAGAUCACUGCUCAAAGGGUCAUAUCCUCUUAUCACUUGCAGAAGUGGAAGCCGCAGUUAAAGAAUACAUUGAGGCAUUGCAACUAGAACCGUCGCUAGCUUUGUGCAACAUUAAUAAUGGCCCUGGGAGGGAAAUUUUGGCCCAAACAUUUCACCAAAUAGCACAACAUUAUUUUGAAAUUCCCCGCUAUGAAGAGGCCUGGAAAACUGUGGAUUACGGUCUCAUCAUUGACCAAAACAAUAAUGAACUCAAGAAACUAAAAACAAGAAUUAAACGAGAGGCAUCAGGCUGCAGCGUUCAUUAAUUUGCUCGAUUUUGCCCAGUGAUCCAUUGGCUGUGGGUUUUGUUUGUGAGAAGAAAGGAGAGAGUUAGACAUUUACUGCAUACUACAUCAUCCAAUUAAUGGUUCUGAGUAUCUUUUGUGUACACACUGUGCACUGCAUGGCACAAUGCAGACUCUGCACUGUGUACAGCAAAAUCAGGUGAUCCAAUGCAGAACGUUACAAAUAUUAGCGUAAAACUGACCAGCGAAUUCAUGGAAAGGAAAGACCAAGGAGUGGAAUCUUCCAUAUCCAGCACCCAUUUCAAAUACUUUGGACACGGUUAUUAAAAAUUAAGAUUUUCUUACAGAGUAGGCAUUUUCUCUGGAUAGUCUGAAAAUGAAUUCUGGCUAAGCACAUAAAAGUCUCUCCAGCUGAGCAGCAUUUCUAAACAGCUGUGCAGCGUUCUUAAAUAAUGCCUGUGUCGGUACUACUGACGGCUAUUCCUUACCUUUAACAUUCAUUAGCUGUCUCAAGUGCUCCUGUGCUGUACAUAUCAAAGGAGGAGGCCCAGUGGAGGCAAUUGUGACCAUCCCAUCACAGAUAGGUCAUUUGUGGUGCAUUUCAUGUUUAUCAUCGGUAGUCAGUCCUGCCAAUAUCCCAAUCCUGAAAUAUGUGGCUUUCCACAUGUGGAGUUGUGGGUAUUCACCGCCUCUGUCAAGCAGACCACAAAUGCUUUAUAGCAGAGGGGGACAAUAAGCCGCCUACAUGCUGGACGUGGUUCGCCAGGUUUAGCCCCUAGUGGGCCAUGACAUGCUUUAUUUACCUGCAGGUUUGCAGGUAGGGCCACUCGUGGUUCCCAUUGGCCAUGGAUCACCAUUCCUGGCCAAUGGGAGCUGCAAGA